AACAGGUGACAGCUAGAUGUUCACAGGAAGCUCUGUGGCCAGCAAGGGGUGAUGGUGGCAACAUGACAAGGAUCUCCUGCCCUGAGAUGAGAUUGCGGAAAGCUUUUUAGAUUGUGAAAAACUACAUCCAUGCGCCAAGAAAGAUAAAAAGGUGUGGUCUGCAGCUGAUAUAAAACCAACACAUAUGAUUAUAUUGAUGUCCCGUCAUGCUUCAGCUUAACUGUGAGUCCAUCAGAAAUGUUCCAUGAUGCAAUCUAAAGGGAAACGAUCGCUUCCUCUCUUUGCGGUUUGUCUGGCUGAAUAACUAAAAAAAGUUGAGCAGAACAUCUUGACAGUCCUGUCGCCAGCAUGGACCAAGAAAUUGUGGCGCACAUUGUGCUUCUGGUCAUUGUCACACUUUUAAGUGUCAUCCAAAAUGUCUUUUUUGCACACAAAGUUGAAGAGGAAAACAAGAACAGAACAGGCAAAACUGCCCAGCGAGUGUCCUCAGCCGCCUUUGAGCGUAUCUUUAAUGCCAACCAAAACUGUAAAGAUGCAUAUCCUACUUUUCUUGCCUUACUCUGGUGUGCUGGCUUGCUGUGCAGCCAAGCUCCUGCAGCAUUUUCUGGACUGAUGUACUUGUAUGUGAGACAGAAGUACUUUGUUGGCUACAUGGGCGAAAGAACUCAGAGCAUUCCUGGUUACAUGCUGGGCAAACGCCUUAUAUUAUUCCUUUUUCUUAUGUCAGUCGCUGGAGUCCUCAACUAUUACUUGGUUGUCUUUUUGGGAAGCGACUUUCAAAUGUAUAUAAAAACUGUCUCCAAUACCAUCUCCCCGCUGCUGCUUAUUCCUUGACUCUCUGGAGAGAGGAAGGAGGAAGGAGGUGAGAGAGAAUGGAAGAGGUCAGCAGCCUUCGCCAAUCAAUACCCAGAAGCAGAUGUUUGAAAUGAACCUACAAAGCCCCUUUUAGAUGGCCAUAAAUCGAACGCUCCCAGGGACUUUGUAGUUUUGAUUUAACACAGCCUUCCCCUCCUUCCUACAAGAAGAUGAUUUAUUGUGUGCAGUUGACAUGUCUUUGCGCAGAAGGGUAAUAUGUUCCUGUAAAUUAUUGGGUUCCCUUCUAUAAAUGCAUUUGGUCAUUGGAUUCUUAAGUGCAAGGGAUUUUUUUUAAUUACAGAGACUAAGUGCCUGAUUUUGCCGUCUUUGUGCUUUUUUAAUUUCUAGGACAGUCAGCUCCCAUUCGGGUUGCUAUAGAGGAAUAUACUUGUCAGUUACUAUUACUAUUGCAUUCGUUUAGUAGACAUAAAAGUAAAGGAUAUUGUAUAUCAUUUUCUUUCUGGUUUGUUUCAGAUUAUGUUGGCAUUUUAAAUAAAAUAAUUUACAAUGAUGAAAUUAUUUCCUUGGUGAUAGAUUUUACAGAAACUUGCAACUUGAAACAUAGACUGCGAUCAUGGUGUCUAUUAUAGCUAAUGUUGUUAGAAUUAAUAUAUGCAGCAUGUUGAUGCUAAAUUGUUCUUCAGACAUGGGGAAAAUGUAUGAAUGUGUUAAGUGGUACAUCUUAGAAAUUUGGGUGAUUUGUUAUUGCAAAUACAGACUACAUUCUAUUAAUAUGUAUUUAAUCACAUAGUAGCCAACUGUUCACACAUUUCCAAUUUUGUUUAAGUAUGUGAAAUAAUGGAUUCUUAUUGACAAGGGCAAUUGUGGAGUGCAUCAUGAAAGAACUGAAUGGUCCCUUCCAACUCUAUGACUGCGUGUGCAUCAGGUGAAAUAAGACGGAGCACAGCUUGCUCUGGAGAUGCUGUGGGAGGUCCACAUAUACUGUUAAAGAAGCAUCCCAAAGCCAUUUUGCUUUGCUUUGGCUGGGCCCUGUUUUCCUGAGGGGUGCUGCUGCUAUUUUCCAGUCAAAAGCAACUCCCUGGCAGAAAAUUUCUGGCGAUGUUGCUUCUGGUGAGGUCACAUGGGGCAGAAGUAGAGUUGGGCACCUGUUGGACAUCCUGUUGUGACAUCGCCAGAAGCAACAUUUCCAGAAAGACGCUGCCAGGGGGUCCAGAUAAACAGCAGACUGCUUUGAAUUCAGCCAGAUCCAGCUGUCCACAUGUCAAAAAUUCCAGGAAUCACUCUGCGGCUUCCUGGAAAUUCUGUGGUUCUUUUUGUGAUGGAUUCAAGGCUGGAAAAAGCACUUCUGCUUCAGAACUGGUUGUACAUCAUUUGGACUGUUCCCGUAGUUCAAGAUAAGAAUGUUUCAUUUAGACAAGGGGUAUUUUUCUAUGAAAAUGGUAAAAAUGGCUACCCAGUCCUCUUAUUGAUAUCUACUCUGCAGAACCUCAUAGGAUACAUAUAGCUUUUGCUUCCUUAUUUUCUAAAGACUUAACAUUUUCUCAAAUACAGAUUGAGCAUUCUCUUAUCUGUUGGGAAUCACCCUGGACUACUCAAGUCUAAAUGUAGUCAGAUAGAUGACAGAGUUAGAUUGAGAGAAUCCUUUCCCUGUUUCCAAAGCAUGCCUGGAUAGGCUUUACUGUGUUUCACUCUAUCCUGUUUACAUCACAUCCCUUACUUUGCAGUUAGUAGAAAUCUGAAUCUUUAGGGACACUAACUUCUCAUUGGUCAGAAUGUCUUUUAUGGCCCCAAUAAACUGGACCAUGAGGUUGGAACCAUUUUGCUUCUCUCUUCUCCCUUUGUUCUUCUAGCUAACAAACAGCAUCUUGCUGUCUCUCCUGGCAAGAUGUAACUAUUUAAAUGUUUGUUAUUUUUCCUUUCUUAUUUUUCCUUAGAAACCAGUCUAGAGUAGACUACACAGCUCCCAAGCCUUUCUAUCUACAAUGGAGUUCUUUUUACCUGAAUAAAUGCUUUUUGAACUUUUA